AGGUACAAAAUUUGAAUUUUUCAAAAUCUUGCAAUCGCGGACAACUUAUUUCAAAGUGAAUUUUGAUCGAAUGUAUAAAAAUGAGCUUAAAACGAAAUUCUCAAAAUAAAAAUGAACAGUCUUUAAGUCAAUAUAAAAAGCGUAAAGGUAAUAAAAGUUACUUGGAAACCGUUUUAGAAGAGAGCGGUCUGAUUUUGUCAUCGCCUCCAGAAAAAUGUAUUGCUUCGCAGGAAACUGUACAUAUCAUACGUAACAUAAAGAAGAAUCUCCAAAAACAUAUUAACUAUCCAUGUAACGUAUCAGAAUUUUUUACUGACUUACAGAAAGAAUGUAAUGAUUUAAAUGUAUUCAAGCAUUAUUUAUAUCCUAAUAUUGUAAGAACUUCUUCUGAAAACGGUGAACUUGUAAUAAAUGAUAGUGUAAUUAAGAUUCUCUUGAAUAUUCCCAUUUUACAAGUGAAACUUAUAGACCACAUCUUUGAGAAAGCAAUUGAUUUAGCUGCAGAUUCAAAAUGUGGACCGUGGAUUCAAAUGAUAUUGAAAAGUUUCUCUACUUUAGAUAACUUAACAGAUAGUGAGAAAAUAUCCACAAACCUUAUUAAUUUGCUAGACAUUGCAUCAGAAAAGAUGGUUAGACUUGAAAUUAUUACUGCUAUACCAGAUAUAAUUGGAGAUCAGGAACAUGACAAUAUCGCUACAGAAAUGAGCAGAAUUUUAUCAGAAGACCAUGAUCUUAUUCCUGCAAUAUUAGACUGCUUAUCAUACCUUUGUUUAUCUGAUGAUCAAUAUGAACAAUUGCAAAGGAAAACUUUAAGUAUUUUAACUGGCUUAUCAAAGUGUAACUAUUUUGCAAACUUUGUAAAAUUUUUACUUAUACCUGGUCGUAUGACGGAGAGUCAAUAUAUAGAAGUUACUUUUAAUUUGAGAAAUGCACUAGGUUGGUCUACAUCUAUUGCAAAGCUACAAGAUAUUGCAUCCAGCCAAGUACUUACUGCUGCUGCAAUAAGAAACAGCAUUGUUUCAUCAAAAAAUAUAGCAAAUGCAUGGAUGAAAGUUGUGUCAAAUUGUAAAGAUAGUAAUGAUCACAAGCCUAUUGAUUUUAUAAUCUUGUUGAUUUUAUAUACAACUUCAGAAGAGAGACAGAAACAAGUGGAAUUGCUGCUGAAUAAGCAUAUAAAAUUAAAUAUUCUAAAGGAUGAAUUGAUAGAUGAUGCAUUUGAUAAGUUUAAGCCUAUAUUGGACGUUAAUUUAAGAUAUCUCAUAAACCUUUCAAAUUGUCUUUUAAAAACAAAAUCAAACCCAGUGAUACAGACUUUUGCAACACAUAUUUACACUUUAAUGUUUUCAAAACUGGAAGAAUGUAGACAGACAAUAGUUGCGGAACUUCUGCAAUUGGGUUUGGAUUGUAAACAGAGUAUGAUGAACAUUUUGUUAAUUCUAAAUAAUGUUGCAUUAAAAGAUGUUACUAUACUAAAACCACAAUGCAUACAAAUGCUGACUCUGUUAGAUAGAAUGGAUGACAUGAGCUUACCAGAAAUAAGGGCUACCAUGAACUUACUCUGUUGCCUUGCAUAUACUUGUGAAAAUUCUGUGAUUAGAGAUGACAUUCAUAUGAUUAUAAGAAAAGAAUUGGGUAGUUCAAAUCCUACAAUAAAAUUGCAAGGUGUUAUUUCUGGAAUACAUGCAGUUAAAUACUUAAUGGCAACCAAAAGUGAUGAUGAGCAAAGCUUAGAAUUACCAGAUGAUGUCAGCUAUAGUUCUGUACACCACUUAGCCGAUGGCAACUUGAGAGAGGCAGCUCAAAUUAUAGAGCUCAUAAGUAGAAGUACAAGGCAAUUCCCUGAUAUGAUUGUUUUUUUCUAUGAUGAACUCUGCAAGGUGGUUCAACCUGCUAAUGAUAUGAAUAGAAAUUUCUUAGCAUGGCUAACUGAUGCUGUGACCAAUGAUUUACAACAAAAUUUUAUAGUGGACAAUCUAGAAAAUAAUAGAUUUGGAGAAAUUAAACUGACCAUGCAACAUUGCCUUAAUUCUGAUAGUGAAAUUGAAGAGACAAUUGCUAUAAAUAUUGGUGGAUUAGUUUUGCAACAAAGAGAUGAUGUCAAUAUUUGUCUUUUGCCACCCUUAUUUCAACUUGUUCAAACUUUACAUUUAAGACACCAUCAGGGUAAUCUAUCAAGUAUUGAUGCACUACUUGGCUGUCCAAUUAUAAUGCCAGUUUUUGACAUUGAUUUGUUAGAUGAUAUGGAUAGUCAAAAUAUUCAAAUUCAACUCGAUUGUUUGUAUUAUUGUGUAAAUUGGAUAAGAGAGCUUAUUAACGCUUUUGCAUCUCAAAAUGAUCCCGCACUGAAGCCUAAAAUAUUUGUUAGAAUAACACAAGCUCAACAGUUAGAAGAUUUGAUUGGGAAAAUUCUUAUUUCAACUAAUAUAACAUAUAAUUUCCCUAAUAAUUCAUUCAGUUUGAAUGAUAGAGAACAAGGAGAUAAAAGACAAAUUAAAAGCAACAAAAAUAGUAAGAUGAAAUCGCAAAAAACAGUUAAUCAAGAUGAAACUAUUCUCCCUGAAACUGGAAGAACCCAAGUAAGCCAAAAUAAUAAGCCACUCAAAAAUAAUAUUGAUUUAAUAAGUAACGUCAAUUUCAGACCCCUAAGUUUCGGUAUCAUCAAUGUAGUCAAAAAUGAUUUGACUGAAGAUGAUGAUAUUAAAGACGAUGAUGCGGAAAUAACGAUUUGUAUCCUUAAAUAUGUUUUAAAAAACGUUUGCGUCAAUAUUGAACCAGUUUUGAUUUCUAAAAUAAAACAGCAAACCUUUUUAUCAAAACCUAAUAACAGUGAUGUAUAUGAUAAGGCUAAAGCGGAAGAAUAUGCAAAGAGCAUAAGCACAAUUUUGCCAAAUAUCGUAAAUCAUUUAAAAUGUAUUGCAUCUUACUUAGAUGCUCAUACCACAGCAGAUACUCAAAAUGAUAGUGGAUUUAUGUAUACGUCGAAGAUGAUUGAUUUUGUUAUUUGCUUGGAAUAUAUCUUUAAUAUGUGUACGGUAUAUUUUAAAUGGAUGGGAUUUAAACAUAGCAAUAUUCCGUUAUUGAAAACGUCAUUACGAACUUUUGUUACUGUGGAGCACGAAAAUACAGUCUCUCUGAAAGAUUUAUUAUUACAGGUUACUAAGUUUUUACAAAAACAUGAGAAAUACUGUCUUCAACUUUCAACCGCUGUUUCGUUAAUAGAAUUUCUGAAAGCCCUGCAAGAGUAUUCCACUAAUUCUACCAUUUUGAAGAUUUUAAGAGAGACUGCGGAAAAUUUCUUGUCCAAGGAAUGGAAAACUCCCGAUGGUGUUUUAGAGAGGGGUUUAUUAUUUAAUCAAAGUAUUGAUAGUCUAGCAAAAGUAUUUUUAAUUAAUAAUGAACUGUUAGAACUUAAAAAAAUAACAAUUUCUCUAACAAGAGAUAUAGAGUAUUUAACGAACCGCAACAGCGCGUUACCUUGUUAUAAAAGUAUAAAUAAAGCAAACUUUGCCAUUUUUUAUAGAAACUUGGGUACUGCUCUGAAUAAAUUAACAAAAGAUCGAUUAAAUGAUGGCUUGACCAAUUCGGAACAUUUAGGAUUAUGGAAAGAUGUAACAUUUAUUCUUAAGUGUAUGGCGGAUAUAGCGAAAACUUUAGACAAUAGAAAUAAUCUAUCGGCCUUUUUUAAGAAAUCUUUGCCUAUGAUAAAAUUAUUCUUGUCUCACGGAAUACCAAUACUUGAAAUACAAUUUAAAAACGAGACACAAGAAGUUCUAGAAAUAUUAAAAACUCUACAACAAUCAACAAGAUUUCUACAGUCGCUAUGUUGUCAUUCUCGGUUAAAGAAAGAUUCUGCAUUAAUGGGCAAAGUCCCUUACGUGAGACAAAUGCUCGAAACGUUAAUAUAUAAAGUUAAAGCGGCAUUAACUGCGAAUAAUUGUUCUGAAGCUUUUUGGAUGGGUAAUCUUAAAAACAAAAAUAUUCAUGGUGAAGUUAUAGCAACUCAACAAAGCGUUGAAAGUGAAGAGUCUGUUGAAGACUGUGAUGAACAAUUACCUGAAGACGAAGAUAGUGAUGAUACAGAUGAUGAAAUGCUUAAUCCUGAUUCUAAAAGUUUAAGUGAUAUUGUAUAAUUUUAAUAAAUUAAUAUGAAACAUU